GCCGCCGACGCGCGCGCGCCGGCCCCGCCCGCAGGCGCCGCCCGUGCAGUUCCUGCUUAAGAGACCCCGGAGUGGGCGCUCGCUGGAGUCAGGCCGCGUCCGCCAUACUGACUGGUGUGGAUGUGUCGCCGCCUCCGAGUGAGGGCCUGGGAGCGGCGCGGGGCGGGACAUAAAGGAAGCCCUCGUCGUCGCCCGCUCGUCAUUCUGGGCCUAGAAGCGACGGGAGCGGAAGGCAAGAGAAGCGCGGAGCACUCGUCGUGAGGAAGCGUCCCGGAGCCUCGGCGGCGGCGGCGCCAGGUCACCGAAGCCCCCCGGCCGCCGGCGGGGCCCAGCUGGUGAGGCCGUGCCCGGAGCCGGGUGGAGGCCCGCUGCCGGCUUGGCGGCUGCGGCGGGGGGUGACGGCGGCCUGCGAAGGAAGGCCUGUUCGCCGCCGACCGCGCGUUUGGGCCUAGGCCGCGGCGCCGAGGCCUUCGGGGAGCCGGAGUCGGGGCGAGGGGGGGGGCGGGCCUGGGCCUGGGAGCCACGCCGGUCGUCCGCAAGCCAGGAGGAGGCGAGAGGCCGCUGGUGGACUGCGGGCCUAGGCCCUCUCCCCGCGGCCUUCUCGCGGGGCCCGGGUCACCCAGACCACGGAGAGAGCCACCGGGAGGUGCGGCUGCACUAUGGACCCCUGACCCCGCCGGGUCGCUCGGACUUGUAACGUGUGGACUGACCGCGACUGACUGCUCCGUCUGCCGGCCCCUAGCAUGAGCGAGGGGGACCCGGCCGGGUGACGCGGUGCCCGUUGGCGGAGCCCCUGGCCCUCCCGCCCUCGUCCGCCCUCCUGCACAUGAAGGGAUUCCGAGGUCGGGUCCGGAUUGCGGUUCUCACGCCCCUGUGUGGGAGGGGGUGUUUAAUCCGAGGCCUUAGGUCUUGGGUGUCUUGUGUUUUGUGUAUGUACAUAUUCUGCUCUUAAAGUUUAUAAAUAUACGUAUAUUGAGCGUGUCCACGUCUCCUCGCCGAACUUAGGCACCAUGUCCUGUGUGCAUUAUAAAUUCUCUUCCAAACUCAACUAUGACACGGUCACCUUUGAUGGGCUCCACAUCUCUCUCUGCGACCUAAAGAAGCAGAUUAUGGGGAGAGAGAAGCUGAAAGCUGCGGACUGCGACCUGCAGAUCACCAACGCGCAGACCAAGGAAGAAUAUACUGAUGAUAAUGCCCUGAUUCCUAAGAAUUCAUCUGUAAUUGUUAGAAGAAUUCCUAUUGGCGGUGUUAAAUCUACAAGCAAGACAUACGUUAUAAGUCGAACUGAACCAGUGAUGGGAACUUCAAAAGCAAUUGAUGACUCUUCUGCGUCUAUUUCUCUGGCCCAGCUUACAAAGACUGCCAAUCUGGCUGAAGCCAAUGCUUCUGAAGAAGAUAAAAUUAAAGCAAUGAUGUCACAAUCUGGCCAUGAAUACGACCCAAUCAAUUACAUGAAGAAACCCCUAGGUCCACCACCUCCAUCUUAUACCUGUUUCCGCUGCGGUAAACCUGGCCAUUAUAUUAAGAAUUGCCCAACAAAUGGGGAUAAGAACUUCGAAUCUGGUCCUAGGAUUAAAAAGAGCACUGGAAUUCCCAGAAGUUUCAUGAUGGAAGUGAAAGAUCCUAACAUGAAAGGGGCAAUGCUAACCAACACUGGGAAAUACGCAAUACCAACUAUAGAUGCAGAAGCAUAUGCAAUUGGGAAGAAAGAAAAGCCGCCUUUCUUACCAGAGGAGCGCUCUUCAUCUUCUGAAGAGGACGACCCUAUCCCAGAUGAGCUGCUGUGUCUCAUCUGCAAAGACAUUAUGACCGAUGCCGUUGUCAUUCCCUGCUGUGGAAACAGCUACUGUGAUGAAUGUAUAAGAACAGCACUCUUGGAAUCAGAGGACCAUACAUGCCCAACGUGUCAUCAAAAUGAUGUCUCUCCUGAUGCUUUAAUUGCCAAUAAAUUCUUACGACAGGCUGUUAAUAACUUCAAAAAUGAAACUGGUUAUACAAAAAGACUACGGAAACAGUUACCACCACCACCUCCAAUACCGCCUCCGAGACCACUCAUGCAGCGGAAUCUACAACCUCUGAUGAGAUCUCCAAUAUCAAGACAACAGGAUCCUCUGAUGAUUCCAGUGACAUCUUCAGGUCACCCGGCUCCCUCUAUAUCUUCAUUAGCUUCUAAUCAGUCUUCUUUAGCCCCUGCUGUGCCUGGAAAUUCAUCUACCCCAGCGCCUGUACCUGAUAUAACUGCAACGGUCUCCAUAUCGGUCCACUCAGAAAAAUCAGAUGGGCCUUUCCGGGAUCCCGAUAAUAAAAUGUUGCCAGCUGCAGCCCUUGCCUCAGAACAUUCAAAGGGAACCUCUUCAAUAGCAAUUACUGCUCUUAUGGAGGAGAAGGGUUACCAGGUGCCUGUGCUUGGAACCCCGUCUUUGCUUGGACAGUCAUUAUUGCAUGGACAGUUGAUCCCUACAACUGGUCCAGUAAGAAUAAAUGCUGCUCGUCCAGGUGGUGGUCGACCAGGUUGGGAGCAUUCCAACAAGCUUGGAUAUCUGGUUUCUCCACCACAGCAAAUUAGGAGGGGAGAGAGGAGUUGCUACAGAGGGAGAAGAAGAGAGAGAGAGAAAGAGAAAUAUCGAUCGGUUGCCUCACGCAAGUGGCCCAACCAGAGAUCAAACCCGCAACCUGGAAGUAUAAACCGUGGACGACACCACAGCGAAAGAUCACAGAGAACUCAAGGCCCAUCACUACCAGCAACUCCAGUUUUUGUGCCUGUUCCACCCCCUCCUCUGUAUCCACCUCCUCCACAUACACUGCCUCUCCCCCCAGGUGUUCCUCCACCACAGUUUUCUCCUCAGUUUCCUCCUGGCCAGCCACCACCUGCUGGGUAUAGUGUCCCUCCCCCAGGGUUCCCUCCAGCACCAGCCAAUUUAUCAACACCUUGGGUAUCAUCAGGAGUGCAGACUGCUCAUUCAAAUGCCAUCCCAACAACACAAGCACCACCUCUGUCCAGGGAAGAAUUCUAUAGAGAGCAGCGACGGCUAAAAGAAGAGGAAAAGAAAAAGUCCAAGCUAGAUGAGUUUACAAAUGAUUUUGCUAAGGAAUUGAUGGAAUACAAAAAGAUUCAAAAGGAGCGUAGGCGCUCAUUUUCCAGGUCUAAAUCUCCUUAUAGUGGUUCCUCAUACUCCAGAAGUUCUUAUACUUACUCUAAAUCAAGAUCUGGUUCAACGCGGUCACGUUCUUAUUCUCGAUCAUUUAGCCGCUCACACUCUCGUUCCUAUUCGAGAUCACCUCCAUACCCCAGAAGAGGCAGAGGCAAGAGUCGAAAUUACCGCUCACGGUCUAGAUCUCAUGGAUAUCAUCGAUCUAGGUCCAGGUCACCACUUUACAGACGAUACCAUUCACGAUCAAGAUCCCCUCAAGCAUUUAGGGGACAGUCUCCAAAUAAACGCACUGUACCACAAGGGGAAACAGAACGUGAAUAUUUUAACAGAUACAGAGAAGUUCCACCGCCAUAUGACAUAAAAGCUUAUUAUGGGAGGACUGUUGACUUUAGAGACCCAUUUGAAAAAGAGCGUUACCGAGAAUGGGAGAGAAAAUACAGAGAGUGGUAUGAAAAAUACUACAAAGGUUAUGCUGCUGGAGCACAGCCUCGACCAUCGGCAAAUAGAGAGAACUUUUCUCCAGAGAGGUUAUUGCCACUUAAUAUCAGGAAUUCUCCCUUUACAAGGGGCCGCAGAGAAGAUUAUUCGGGUGGACAAAGUCAUAGAAGUCGAAACAUAGGUGGUGGCAACUAUCCAGAAAAGCUUUCAACAAGAGACAGUCACAAUCAGAAGGAUAGUACAAAGUCAAAAGAGAAGGAGAGCGAUGGUGCUGCAGGAGAUGGUAAAGGAAGUAAACAUAAGAAACAUCGAAGGCGAAGAAAGGGGGAGGAAAGUGAAGGCUUUCUAAACCCAGAGUUAUUAGAACCUUCUAGAAAAACAAGGGAACCUACAAGUGGCGAAGAAAAUAAAACAGACUCGUUAUUUGUUCUUCCGAGUAGAGAUGAUGCUACACCAGUUAGAGAUGAACCAAUGGAUGCAGAAUCCAUCACUUUUAAAUCAAUGUCUGAAAAGGACAGGAGAGAGAAAGAUAAGCCAAAAGCAAAAGGAGACAAGACCAAACGAAAAAAUGAUGCUGCUUCUGUGUCCAAAAAAGAAAAUGUAAAACCUGCUAAGGGAUCCCAAGAAAAACUAGAGGGAGAACGUGAAAAAUCUCCUCGAUCUGAACCUCCACUUAAAAAAGCCAAAGAGGAGACUCCAAAGACUGACAGUGCUAAGUCAUCAUCAUCAUCCUCUCAAAAAGAUGAAAAGGCCAUUGGCACUCCCAGAAAGGCUCACUCUAAGUCAGCAAAAGAACACCAAGAGUCAAAACCUGUCAAAGAAGAAAAAGUGAAGAAAGACUAUUCCAAAGAUGUCAAAUCAGAAAAACUAACUAGUAAGGAAGACAAGGCCAAGAAGCCUACUGAGAAAAGUAAGCCUCCUGACAGCAAAGGAGAAAAAAGAAAAAGGAAAACUGAAGAAAAAGGUGCAGAGAAAGAUUUUGAAUCCUCUUCAAUGAAAAUCUCUAAACUCGAAGUAACUGAAAUACUGAAGCCAUCACCAAAACGCAAAAUGGAACCUGAUAUUGAAAAGAUGGAUAGGACCCCUGAAAAGGACAAAAGUUCAUCAUCAACAGCCCCAACCAAAAAAAUCAAGCUCAACAGAGAAACUGGUAAAAAAAUUGGAAGUACAGAAAAUAUAUCUAAUACAAAAGAGACCUCUGAAAAAUUGGAGUCAACAUCUAGCAAAGUUAAACAAGAAAAAGUCAAAGGAAAGGUCAGACGAAAAGUAACUGGAACUGAAGGAUCCAGCUCCACUCUUGUGGACUAUACUAGUACGAGUUCAACUGGAGGCAGUCCUGUGAGAAAAUCUGAAGAAAAAACAGAUACAAAGCGAACUGUUAUCAAAACUAUGGAAGAAUAUAAUAAUGACAAUACAGCUCCUGCUGAAGAUGUCAUUAUUAUGAUUCAGGUUCCUCAGUCCAAAUGGGAUAAAGAUGACUUUGAAUCUGAGGAAGAAGAUGUUAAAGCCACACAGCCUGUAUCAAGUGUAGGAAAACCUGCCAGUGUUAUAAAAAACGUUAGCACUAAACCAUCAAAUACAGUCAAGUAUACUGAAAAAGAAAGCGAGCCAGCAGAGAAGCUUCCAAAACUCACCAAGGAAGUGAGCCAUGAAAUCAUACAACACGAGGUCAAAGGUUCAAAAAACUCUGUAUCUAGUGAAAAAGGGAAAACCAAAGAGAGAGAUCAUUCAGUGUUGGAGAAGGAAAAUCCUGAAAAGAGGAAGAGCAGCAGUCAGCCAGAGAAAGAUAGUAAUUUGGACCGUCUCAAUGAACAAGGUAGUUUUAAAAGUUUGUCUCAAUCUUCCAAAGAGACUAGAACUUCAGAUAAGCAUGAUUCCACUAGAGGUUCCUCAAGUAGAGACUUUACUCCCAGUAGAGACAAGAAAUCCGACUAUGACAGCAGAGACUAUUCAAGUUCCAAACGAAGAGAUGAACGGAAUGAAUCAACAAGAAGAAAAGACUCUCCUUCUCGGAGCAAAGAUUCUGCAUCUGGACAGAAAACUAAGCCAAAGGAGGAAAGAGAUUUGCCUAAAAAAGGAACAGGAGAUUCCAAAAAAAGUAAUUCUAGUCCCUCAAGAGACAAAAAACCUCAUGAUCAUAAAGCCACUUCUGAUACUAAACGCUUAAGUGAAGAGACAAAAUCUGUAGAUAAAAAUCCCGGUAAGGAUCGUGAGAAGCAUGUGUUAGAAACAAGGAACAGUAAAGAGUCCAGUGGCAAUAAAUUACUUCAUAUCCUUAAUCCACCAGACCCACAGACUGAAAAAGAGCAGGUUGCUGUGCAAAUUGAUAAGAGUGCUACCAAGCCUAAACCCCAGUUAAGUCACUCCUCUCGACUUUGCUCUGACUUAACUAGAGAAACUGAUGAAGCUGCUUUUGAACCAGAUUAUAAUGAAAGUGACAGUGAAAGCAAUGCAUCCGUAAUAAAAGAGGAAGAUACUUCGGGGAAAAUUUCUAAGGAACUGAAAGAUAAAGUCGUAGAGAAAGUGAAAGAGACCCCGGACACAGCAGCAGCCAGCCAGGCCGGCGUCACCAGGAGCCAGAGUCACAGCAGUCCCAGUGUCAGUCCCAGUGGGAGCCACAGCCCUUCGGGAAGCCAAACUCGAAGCCACAGUAGCAGUGCCAGCUCGGCAGAGAGUCAGGACAGCAAGAAGAAGAAGAAGAAGAAGGAAAAGAAAAAGCACAAGAAACAUAAAAAACAUAAGAAGCAUAAGAAGCAUGCGGGCCCUGAAGCAGAAUUGGAAAAAAGCCAGAAACACAAACACAAGAAAAAGAAAUCAAAGAAGAGCAAAGAUAAAGAUAAAGAUAAAGAAAAGGAGAAGGAGAAGGAGAAGGAGAAGGAAAAAGAUGACCAAAAAGUGAAAUCUGUCACUGUGUAGGAGGACAGAUUUUUAAAAUUGACUUAAUUACUAAGUCAUCUGUAUUAAAUUUUGUUAUAAUGUAAAGAGAUUCAAGCCUUGUAAAUAAUGAUAUGGAAGACCCUGUGCUGCACUUAAAAUAUUGCUGCUUGAUUAUUUGAUUUUUACAUCAGAGCUUUAUAACACGAACUUUUGUACAGAAUUGUGAGUUGUGACCAUGUAACAUGAGAGGUUUUGCUAGGACCUAUUAUUUUUAACCACCAGUAAUUAGUUGGGGUGGAGUUUACUGUACUGUGAAAUUUUCACAUUUGAAUUUUUUAAUUGCCUGGCAAAAGCUGAUAUCAGUUCUAAAUAUCAGCAGAAUGAUUUGCUGAAUUCAUUACAACCCCGUUAUGUCACUUUUUGAUUACAAUAAAAGUUUUCAGGAAACUUUUAAAA